GGCGCCGAGAACAUCCGUUCUGUGGACGCUCCAAGGGACAGCGCUUUUAGGGACAGCGCUAUGGCUGACGUUCCUUCAACGCCAGCGACUGAGACAUCAGCGUUGCUUCAGGCUGAAUCCCGGUUGCGUGAGCAGAAGAAGUCAGAAUCAACUCUCCCGUCUGUAGAGCAACGUGAAGCGGAACAGCCCGAACCGCACGAUGAAGUAACACCCCAACCACGUCCUAAGAAACCGAAGCAAGCAUCUCCCAUCGAUGAACUUGUUCAAGCUGCACCGCCUUCCGUAUCCGACGAAUGCCCAUCUGAGCCAGCGAGUGUGUACGGACACGGCUGCUAUCAAUGGAUGACCCUCUUCUGUAGCCAGCUAGCUCUGCUUGUGUUUGUUUCGCAGCAGAUUGCUUUUGCUGUGAUUUCACGCCCUAUCGAUCACUGGUGUAAACCUCCAGAACGGUACGCGGGCUUAGAACCAUCGCUCUGGAAGAACAUCAGCAUCCCCAUGGUAGAAGGCCGUUACAGCGAGUGCACUGAAUACGACACCCCACGGAGCGAACAAUCGAAUAACGGAACCACACGGCCGUGCACUUCUUGGGACUACGAGAACUGUCCAGAGUCUGUCGUCUGCCUUUGGAAUCUGGUAUGCGACCGAGGGAUACUUACUCUUGUGGAAGAAAUGUUGGAACUCAGUGGCGGGAUGAUCGCUGUUCCCAUUGCAGGCGUCAUAUCUGAUGCACAUGGAAGAAGACCUGUCGUCCUGGUAUCAGUCGUGAUCUUAAUUGCCGCCGGAUUCGCUGCAGCGUUUACAAAGACGUUCGUCACAUUUGUCGUGUUCCGGUGGGUGGUAUCAGGUGCCACCUCGACAGUUUACAUAACGAUGUUCAUACUCCUGUUCGAGGUUACGACUUGCAAGAUGCGGUUCUUCCACUGCACUGCGAUCAACUUCGGUGGAAUACUGGGUGGUGCCUUCAUAGUCUUCCUAGAGACGCUCCAUUUGCGCACGCUUGUUGUACAGCUAAUUCUCAUUAUACCUGCCGUGGGCCUUUUGUGCACGUUUAUUAUGAUUAGUGAAUCUCCUCGAUGGCUCGUGGCAAAGCAGGACAUGAAGCGAGCAGAAGUUGUCAUGUUGUGGGCAACCAAACUGAACGGUAUCAACACAGCUGAAGGCGCCCUACGAUUCGCCCGUUUCAGGAAAUACUACCGAAAGAACGAUAGCAACAUCGUGCUGAUGGUGAACAUGAACAUCGUAGACCUCAUGCGGUCAGAUAUAUUGCGGAUGCGGUCUGUAAUCUUAUUUGGCUGCUCACUAUCGCUGUUUCUAGUCGUUUUUCAGUUCCUUCUCGCUGUCAGGUCACACGCUUCAUUCGAGGCAAGGCUGUUAGGGCUAUUGUGGAACAUAGUUGCUUACGUGGUCUCGUACUUCGUGAUGGAAAGAUUCGGCCGUCGGAACCCUUUGUCUUACUCAAUGAUUGGACUUUUUGUUGCCCUGAUGUGUUUAGCAAUAUGCCACGCUGUCAAGUUGACUGGACAUGUGAUCGACGCCAUCAUUUGGACGGAAGACGCGUUCUUGAACGUUGCUGUAACCGUGAUCUACGUGUACGCCAUCGAGCUGUACCCGACGGUGAUGAGAAGUGCCGCUGCAUCUUCAACCUUCGUCUUCGGGAGGGUGGGAAGUCUCUUGGCUCCGCUGCUUUACGAAUUCGGAAAGCACACUCACCGUAGCGUUCCGCUUGUCCUGAGCGCAGUGCUGUGUCUUGCUAGCGGUAUCUUCACGCGCCGGCUGCCGGAUACGCUCCAACUGGCGAUAUCUGACAUUGAAACCGAUGUCGGGAAGGAUAACGCGAGGAAGGAUCUGUUGAAUGUCAAAGUGAAGCCAAUCAAGAAGAAGCGUACCACGAGGCAAAAAAGCUAGCUUUUUAGUUUCGCCAUUACAAUGGAGAGUGAAUAAAGCAAACGUAAUCUCGCACA